AUGAGUGAUCCAAGGAUAAGGCAGUUGAAAAUAAAGACAGGUGUAGUGAAACGAUUAGCCAAGGAGAAAAUAACCUACGAAAAAGAAGCUGCGACUCAAAAAGAACGAGUUGAAAAGCUUAAAACAGAUAAUGGCGAUUCUUAUCACAUCAAAAAACAGGAAGAAGUGCUGCAGGAAUCUUUGAUGAUGAUACCAGAUUGCCAAAGAAGAUUAGCAAAAGCGUUUGAAGAUCUCAAAAAUAUAAUUGAUAACGAGAAGGAUUUGGUAGAAUCUGAAGAGUUCGCAACUGCUAAACAAAUAUUAGAGGAGGCGAAACUUCAAUUAUCUGACUAGUUAACUCUUCAUUUAGUUAUAAUAGAACUGUUUAAGUGUCUCAAGAUGAAUAAUUCAAUUAAUCCAUAUUCUUUUAAUGUUUUAACCCCACAUAACGUGGUUCCCAGUGAAGCAAUGAACUUUCAGUUUAAUUAUCCAUUCCCUAGUGCUAGUAAUUUUAAUGCUGUAACCUAUGGAAUACCACCCGAGCAAACUAACAUAAGUAACCCUUCUGAACCAUGGAUUGGUGCAUGGCUGACUAAAAUUGGUAAGACCCAUCCAACACCUGAAAUUCCAAAGAAAAAGUCUAAACACAAUAUUUCUUCCGCUCGAGCAUCACUGAAAACCUGUCUUGACAUUCUAGAUAAACUUAAUGCAAUUAGUGAUGACUUACGAACCAACGUUCAAAAAUUAUCUUCAGCAGAUUGGAAGAAAAAAACCAUAAAAAUUGGUCAGUUGAAAGAAAAUUAUUCUAUAAUUAUGAAUAAUUUGUGCAAUCCUGAAAAUUUGGCAUCGCUGCAAAAAGUAGUAAAGGAUAGAAAGAGGAAAAGGUCAACCCAAAAGAAAAAAAGAAUACAAAAACAGGCUGAUAAAAAGCAAGAAAAGGAGGAAAUCCGUAAUAUUAAUCAACAUAUUGAUAGAUGGUUAGAGGUACAGAAAGAAGAAGAUAAUAGGAUUAAAAUGGAGGAAUUAAUGAACAAAGAUAUUGACUGUAAUCUUUCAGAUGUUAAUAAAAAGAAAUCUGAUGCUAAAAAAAAUUUGUCUCUGAUCAGAGCUCUGGUUAAAUUACGUCAAAUAAGGGAAACCAUACAUUCCCAAAGAGGAGAAAAGACUUCUUUAGAAGACAAACAGGCUUUUGCUA